AUGAAAUGGAUGAUGAGGACAUUUUGAGGUUAUUUGGUUGUGGUGAUGAUUCAGUGUGGACACCUUCAGCAUUGUAUAACCCAGCAUCGGAAGAAGUUUUGAACAACACUUCCAAUACAUUUUUCAAUAUAUCUCCAACAGAACAAGAGAGCAAAAACGUGGAACAUCCCGAGGAUUCUACUCAACAAAUAUCAUCAUCAUUAAAUUUGCAAAUCACUUCUGAUGAAAAUAAUAAUGGUGAUGAGCAGAAGGAAACAUUCCAUCCUAUUUCGUGUCUUAGGUGUAGAAAAGCACAUUCCUUUUGUGAUAGAAGAAUACCCAAAUGUGAAAGAUGUAUAAAUAUUGGAACUGAAUGUGUCUACAUGGAAACAAAAAGAACUAGAAAUGCAAAGGAAAUAAACGAAAGUAGAAAGAAGAAGAAGACAACUUCCACCUUCUGAUUCCAGUGCAUCAAAUAAUAAUACUAAUGAUCAAGUUAAAGAAAAUGCUCCAAUUUCUUGUGCCAACCCCAUAAUAUUUAACAGUUUGAGUAGAAAGUUUACAAAAAGUAGGAUUAUUGAAAAUUAUUAUCUAUUAUUAAGCGACGUUUACACACUUGUCGAUAGAACAGAAUUGGAAAAAUAUAUUUUAAAAAACGAACAUGUUGAUAACUCCUUAAUGAGUACAACAACUUGUAAGGAAAUGGAAUGUUUUUAUCAAAGUGCAAAAGGUCUAGUUGAACAAUUUGUUGGACAAGGUGGAGAAGCAUCCAUUCAAAAAUGUAAACAAUUUUUAUCAGCUCUAUUGAUGGAUAGAGAACCUUCAUUUAUCGUUUCAUGCAUUUAUUACAAUUUAGCUAUAUAUGAAUAUGGAUUUGGAAGG